ACAAUGUUCCAGUGGAUGUUCGGGAAGCGGCUGACGCCGCAGGAACAGUUACGGAAGAACCAGAGACAGCUUGAACGGACGCAGAGAGAGCUUGAUCGAGAACGGGUGAAGCUGCAGCAGCAGGAGAAGAAGCUUGUGGCAGAGAUCAAGAAGUCUGCGAAACAGGGCCAGACGAAGACGAUGAACAUCCAGGCGAGGGACUUGAUCCGGACGCGGAAGCAGAUCACGAAGUUCGAGAAGAUGAAGAUGCAAAUGCAGGCGAUCUCGCUGCGGUUGCAGACGAUCCGGAGCUCGAACGAGAUGACGAACUCGAUGGCGAGCGCCACGCGGAUCUUGAGCGGGCUCAACGCCGGGCAGUUGAACCUGUCGCAGUUGAGCAAGAUCUCGAACGACUUCCAGCGCAGCAUGGACAUGAUGGACCAGAAGCAGGAGAUGGUGGACGACGUGAUGGACGAUCUGAUGGACGACGAGAUCGACGACGAGGACGAGGAGGAGAUCGACCAGGUGGUCGGGCAGGUGUUGGACGAGCUCGGGGUGGGCCUCAACGACAAGCUCGGCGACUUGUCCGUGAGCAAGACGUCGCCGGGCGCCGUGGCUGCGGCGGAGGCACACGCCCCGGCCCGUGCGGCCGUGGCGCUUGGCGAUGCCGGCAGCGCCGGCGUGGGCGACGAGGACGAGCUCCAGGCCCGCUUGAACAGCUUGAAGAAGGGCACA